GCGGAGCCAGCUGCUGAUGCUAAUGCCGAAAUGAGGGGAGCUGCUUCUACACUGUGCGUCGUGUGGCACGUAAUCUUUUAGGAAGUCAAACAACUGACAAGACCGGAGGACGUGCAUAUGGCUCCACCUAAAAGCCUUUUACCUGUACAAAUGGGUGAAAGUGGGAUCCUCUUCUUCAUGCUGGCGGAUGUGGAUCGUCGAGUCGGCACUAACGGACGCGAUGCUAGCUCGCUAGCUUGCUCUUUGAUGUUUGUUCCUUGAAUCCUUCCAGACAGCGUCGAGGAUACAUUUUCAGCUGCGACGUGUAAACUCCGGAGCUCUAUUUUUUUUAACCGCUGCUGAGCAGGAUGGACUCUGUCAACUUUAAAAAGUGGAGAUAUCCUUACUACUACAAUGGUUAGCUAACUUUUUAAAAAAAAAAAAAAAGUCGCUUUCAGCCAAAAUUAAUCUAGAUAAUUAAGAUGACACCGGACUGAAUACGCUCUUUCAGCGGUACGCAGUCUGUCAACGAUAAACCAAACCAGCUGAGGUUGUUACGAAACUCUUAAACUGGAACUAAUGCCCGGUUGAAAGGUGCGUAGUUAGCGCAGCAAUCCACUGAAGGUUUUAGCUCCUAACAGCCAAAGAUGCGUCUCUCGUCAUUUAUGGCCUUGUUCAGGCCCGCUUUACCCCUGAUCCUGGGACUGUCUCUGGGAUGCAGUCUCAGCCUCCUGAUGGUGUCCUGGACCCAAGGGGACACGGACGACCCCUGCAGAGAUGAGCUGACCCAGGGCAGGCUGUUCUUGGGCAGAGGGGAUGCCCAGAGGGAUGCAGCUGGAGAGGAAGACUUCCAGCCGCGGAUAYUACCGUAUCACAAGGACCCAAACAAGGCCCACAAGAAAGUCCUCAGAACAAGAUACAUCCACACUGAGCUGGGCAUCCGAGAGCGACUGCUGGUCGGCGUUCUGACCUCRCGGGCCACCCUCAACACGCUCGCCAUGGCGGUGAACCGAACGGUGGCCCACCGGUUCCACCGCACCUUCUUCUUCACGGGCCUGCGCAGCCCCAAAGUGCCCCACGGCAUGACGGUGGUGGCGCACGGCGACGACCGGCCCGUGUGGCUGAUGUACGAGACGGUGCGCCACCUCCACCGGCACUACGGCUCGGACUACGACUGGUUCCUGUUGGCCCAGGACGACACUUACAUGCACGCGGAUCACCUGUCGGAGCUGGUGGGCCACCUCAGCGCGGGCCAGGACCUGUACAUGGGCCGGGCCGAGGAGUUCAUCGGAGGGGAGGAGAAGGCGCGUUACUGCCACGGCGGCUACGGCUACCUGCUGUCCCGCAGUCUGCUGGCCCACCUGCAGCCGCACCUCGACGCCUGCCGCAACGACAUCCUCAGCGUGAGGCCCGACGAGUGGCUCGGCCGCUGCAUCAUCGACUUCCUGGGUCUGAGCUGCGUGGAGGUGCACCAGGGUAUGACGUACCGGUACUUUGAGCUCGGGAAGAACGCCGACCCGGAGCGUGAAGACAGUGUUGAGUUUAAAACGGCCUUCACGGUUCAUCCCGUCUCAGAUCCAAACCUCAUGUACCGCCUACACAAACGCUUCAGUCACAUUGAGCUGGAGUGGACGUAUCAGCAGAUUCAGCAGCUGCAGAUGCAGAUCAGUAAUUUGAGCGAGCUGACACCUGAGGGGAGAGCCGGGGUCACGUGGCCGACAGGGGUCAACCCUCCCUUCAAACCCAAGACCCGCUUCGAGGUGAUCAACUGGGACUACUUCACCGAGGAGCACAUCUACACCUGCGCCGACGGCUCGCCCAAGUGCGAGAUGCGAGGCGCUGACCGGGCCGACGUCGGCGCCGUCCUGGAGGUGGCCGUGGAGCGGCUCAACGAGCACUACCAGCCGCAGCUGCGCUUCCGCAAGCGGCGCCUGCUGAACGGGUACCGGCGCUUCGACCCCACCCGCGGCAUGGAGUACGUCCUGGACCUGGCGCUGGAGGCCUUCACCCAGAAAGGCCACAGCCAGGUCCUCGCCAAGCGGGUCAACCUGCUGCGGCCGCUCAGCACCGUGGAGAUCAUCCCCAUGCCGUACGUGACGGAGGCCACGCGGGUUCAGGUCAUCCUGCCCCUCACUGCCCAGGACCAGGACUUCGUGGGCAACUUCCUGGACACGUACGUGCUGAACACGCUGGACACCCACGACAACGUGCUGCUGACGUUCCUGUUCAUCUACGACCCCUUCGAGGCGCAGCGGGUCAGCCAGACGGACGUGUUCGCCGGCGUCAAGUCCAUGAUCGGCGAGGUGGAGAAACGCUACGGCGACGUGAAGAUCCCCUGGAUCAGCGUGAAGACCGAGGUGCCCUCGCAGGUCAAGCUGAUGGACAUCAUCUCUAAGAAGCACCCCGUCGACACGCUCUUCUUCCUGGCYAGCGUUUGGACCGAGGUCAACUCCGACUUCCUGAACCGCUGCAGGAUGAACGCCAUCAGCAACUGGCAGGUGUUCUUCCCCGUGCACUUCCAGGAGUACAACCCUGCGGUCAUGUACCGCGAGCAGCAGCCCUCCUCCUCCUCCUUCGCCUCGGAGUCGCUGCGAGACGGCCACUUCGACCGCCACGUCUUCGACGAGGCCUGCUUUUACAACACUGACUACAUGAGCGCCCGCACCAGGAUGGCCGCAGACAUCCUGGACAACGAGGAGCUGCUGGAGAGCAUGGACAUCUACGACAUCUUCGUGCGCUACUCGGGCCUGCACGUGUUCAGGGCGGUGGAGCCGGCGCUGGUCCAGAAGUACGUGCGGCGCACGUGCAACCCACGGUUCAGCGAGGACGUCUACCACCGCUGCGUCCUCAGCAACCUGGAGAGCCUGGGGUCCCGGUCGCACCUCGCCAUGGCUCUGUUCGAGCAGGAUCAGGCCAACAGCACGUAGGACCGCCGAGCCGGACGGAACCAUGUCGGAAUCAACCAAAAACGAACAAAAACAACURGUGUCCUGCAGCUGGAAACACUUCUGCUCAACAUAAUUUAUAACCUUAAAGGAGGAAGAUGUUACGUGCAUUCUAUUCUCACGAAAUGUGAGUCAGUAUUUAUAUUUUCAUUUUUAGGAUCUCAGUGUCUGUAUGAACAAAUGCCUUCUUAUCAAAAUACUUGAGCCAUUUGUCUUCUUUUGUGAAGAUGUUAAUGCUGAAAACAAGCUGCCUUUUCUUUCAGAAAUGUCCAGUUUUUUAAGACGUAUUAAAGAUUGUUUGUUCAGA